AUGGUGGCCGUGAAGAUCUUCGGUCUCCUGCUGGGGUCCCUGCUCCUGGCAGUGGUGCUGGGAGAGAAGGCGGAGGGUCACUUCUCCCUCUCCCUGCCCCUCAGAGGCCACUCUAAGGUCAGUGGCUCCCGACCUCGAGGCCCCAGGUAUGCUGAGGGGACCUUCAUCAGUGACUACAGCAUUGCCAUGGACAAGAUCCGCCAACAAGACUUUGUGAACUGGCUGCUGGCGCAGAAGGGGAAGAAGAAUGACUGGAAACACAACAUCACCCAGAGGGAGGCCGCCGGGGCCCUGGAGCUGGCCCAUCAAUCUCACAGGAAGGAGGAGGCGAGGGAGCAGCAGGGCUCCCUACCCAAGAAGCCCAGUGAUGAAGAUUUGCUCAAGGAUUUACUGAUUCGAGAGCUGCUGGCCUGGAUGGUGGAUCAGAUGGAAGUCUGCAGGCUCAGGUGGGGCUGUUGGGUGGCUUUGGGCGUCUUGCGCAGUGCUUACAAGCUUGAGCUUUGGGGCCGGACAUGGGUUCAGAUCGGCACCCCAGCACGUGCUAGCAAACUAAUAAGCCUCUCUGAACCUCAGUGUUCUCAUGAAAACAAGGCUUAUUCAGACCACUUUGUGGGAUUGUUGUCAGGUUUAAAUAAGAUAAUCCGAGGAAAGAGCGGAGAGCAACCGGGAGGAGUGAGAGUUCAGUAAUGUCAGCCAUUGUCAUUACUGCUUACCCUUGGGUCUCCUCAUCCGGGUGAGAGGCUGCGCUCACCUCCCCUGCCCACCUGAGCUAAGCUGACCAUCCUGGUCUCAGCUCUCCCUCUGUACCCUAGUCCCAUGGCCCCUGGAGUUGGAGGUAUGUUGCCCGUCUAUAGCCAUUGUUGGUCUCAUCGGUCCAUCUCACCAGCCAGAAAGUCCUUUAAUCUAUUAUGUCCCAGAAACAAGGGAUGGCUAAAUACCACGAAGGGGUCCAUCUACCUAAAGGGUGAGACAGAACACUCAUUCAAGAUGCAGACACCAAGGCUUGGAAACCAAAACACAUUUUCAGACUUUGCUGCUGGCGAGCUAGGGAGGGAUGGAGGGAACAGAUCUGGGAUGGCUUCCUGCAGAGGGCAGGAAGGGAAAGAGGAAUGUGACCAGAACCAUGGAGGAGAGUAUGAGAAAUUCUCCAUAGAGAGGUGGGUGCUUUUCAGAAUUAUUUUGCUUACUUAUAAUUAAAAAGGUAAUUGGGAGGUAGGAGCAGCUGAACCAUGGCUGGGUGCCAGGAUGAGUUUACUUUGCUGACUCCGAGUAGAUAAUGACCCUACUCUCCAAUCACUUCCCCUCCUCUUUCCACCCUCCCCAGAUUUCAGUGACUCAGACCAAACCCAGCUCAGGCCUGGACUCUGCCCUUCGCUCACUCAGGACUCAGCUCCACUCCAGGGUACCCAAGAGAAUCCAAACCAGUCAAGUUUAAGCUGAAAUAAAUCUUUGUGCCCAUUGUCAAAACUUGCUCAAAUGUCUACUUGAGCACUGUUAAUGUACGUGUGUCUGUGUGUGCAUGCCACCCAAUGAAAACGAGAUACAGGGCGCCUGGGUGGCUCAGUCGGUUGAGCGACUGCCUUCGGCUCAGGUCGUGAUCCCAGGGUCCUGGGAUCGAGUCCCACAUCGGGCUCCCUGCUCCGCAGGGAA